GCUGCUGUCACUGCUGCACUCUCCGCUCUGCCAGUGCUGCUGCUCUCUGUGACUGCCAGGACCCGGCCGGACAGGGCUCCCUCUAAAGGGAACAAGUGCCACGUAAGAAGUCUGUCCACACAAAAGGGAAGGAAUCAGCUGGCAGCAGUAAGUUGUGAAACAUUGUCAACAACCGAGACAAGAACCAAAUUAUGGGGUGUCUUAAUUUAUGGAUGUAGGUUCACCUUUUUGUCACCCACCAUCUGUAAAAGAAUCUGGAAAGAAUGUAUUUCAAAACAAGGAUCACUGAUUAAAUACAUAUUCCUCAUGAUCUCAAAACUUUGAAGGGGAAGGACAUUUUGAAGGUGACAGUGGAUUUUUAUUACUAUCAAGCUGAGGAGUACAUAUCGAUAAAACAUACCUCUUGUUUUUGGAAUUGUCCCUUAAUCUGGCUAAAAUACUUUAUGAGUGUUUCAUGUAUUUCCCCUCCAUGACACACAGCUAGACAGCCAGACACCAUGCUGGAUCAUAUUCGUAGAUAAAUUAAUUGGGCUCCAUGAGAACUUGAUAUGACAACCAGCAGCCGUUCAUGUCCUGUACCAGCGGUGAAUGGACAUAUGAAUCACUACCCAGCCACCCACUACCCUUUCCUGUUUCCACCCGUCAUUGGUGGUCUUUCUCUUCCUGCCCUGCAUGGAUUUCAGGGUCACCCUCCGACAAGCGGGUGCAGCACCCCUUCUCCUGCAACCAUCGAAACACAGAGCACCAGUUCAGAAGAGCUGGUUCCCAGUCCGCCAUCCCCUCCCCCACCUCCGCGAGUUUACAAGCCCUGUUUUGUGUGUCAGGACAAGUCAUCGGGAUAUCACUAUGGUGUCAGUGCAUGUGAGGGGUGCAAGGGCUUCUUCCGAAGGAGUAUCCAGAAGAACAUGAUUUACACUUGUCAUCGAGAAAAGAACUGUGUUAUCAAUAAAGUUACCAGGAAUCGCUGCCAGUACUGCAGACUACAGAGGUGCUUUGAAGUGGGAAUGUCCAAAGAAUCAGUCAGAAAUGACAGAAACAAGAAAAAGAAAGAACCUUCAAAACAAGAGUGCACGGAAAGCUAUGAGAUGACAGCAGAGCUCGAUGACCUGACAGAGAAAAUCCGAAAAGCUCAUCAAGAAACCUUCCCUUCACUGUGUCAGCUGGGAAAAUACACUACGAAUUCCAGCGCAGAUCACCGCGUCAGACUUGACCUUGGGCUAUGGGACAAAUUUAGCGAACUUGCUACAAAGUGCAUUAUUAAAAUAGUGGAAUUUGCUAAGCGAUUACCUGGAUUCACCAGUUUGACAAUUGCAGAUCAGAUCACUCUACUAAAAGCAGCAUGUCUGGAUAUUUUGAUUCUUCGAAUUUGCACAAGAUAUACACCGGAGCAGGACACUAUGACGUUCUCAGAUGGCCUUACUCUUAACCGAACGCAGAUGCACAAUGCUGGAUUUGGUCCUCUCACUGACCUUGUGUUCACAUUUGCCAACCAGCUCCUGCCCUUGGAAAUGGAUGACACAGAAACUGGCCUUCUCAGUGCCAUCUGCUUAAUUUGUGAAGACCGACAGGACCUCGAAGAACCAGCUAAAGUGGAUAAGCUACAAGAGCCACUUCUGGAAGCACUGAAAAUUUACAUCAGGAAGAGAAGACCCAACAAGCCCCACAUGUUUCCAAAGAUUCUUAUGAAGAUCACAGACCUUCGGAGCAUUAGUGCAAAAGGAGCAGAACGUGUUAUCACACUGAAGCUGGAAAUACCUGGCUCCAUGCCACCUCUGAUUCAGGAAAUGUUAGAAAACUCAGAGGGGCAUGAGACAUCAUCAAGCCCAAAUGACAACAAAGAAGAGCACAGUGAUUGCAUCUCAACCAGCUCAGAGGAACGUGUCAGCAAAUGUGCACAAGUGCAAUAAGACAUUCCCUUUCUACAUCUGACAUUCCCAACACAAUAUGCACACAGGGAUGACAAGCAAGGAACAGAUUUUCUUUUCCCGUUGCGGUCUUUGGAAACAAAAAGUUAAGACCUUCCACUCCCCUUUCCUCCACAGAAGAGACCAAGUUGGCGCGUUUAUAUUAAACCUACAUACUUUUGCUGUUUACAUUCUUGAACUUAGCUGGACUUUGAAUUCAAACAAACAAAAUCAUAAAAAAAAACACUAAAGCAGACGAUUUACAGAACAAAAAAAGUAUUUUCUCUUCUGAUCAUCAGACUGCAUGAUCUCUAAAGACUUAUCUAAGACAAGCGGACUUUGUAUAUACAUAUUUACUGUUCUGUUCUCUCUGCUGGAUGUUUGGUGCUUUUCAGCCAUCUUGGAUACAUAAAAUGAUCAAGAUAAAGUGGAAAAAAUAUGGACUGUUGUACAUGUCCAUAAAAAAAAGAAAAAAAAAAGAC